GCAGGACGAGUUUCUGUGGUUAAAGAAAAUAGCAAUAUGGCAAAUCGACGAAGAAAGAAGCGUGUUAAUUAUGGUUCGGGUGUAGGGGAACAACUAUCAGAUAUGGUCAACUCUAGUGCCGAAAACCAAGGUGAAAUGGGUAUCAUGGAUGUAAAUCUCGACCAGUCUCACGAUUCAGUAGGCCUAAGUUUUGCUUCGGAUGAAGAUUCUAGUUUUUCCAUAUCAAUGAGCCUAAAUGAUAGUAUGCCAGAAGAUAUGUUAGACUUGGAGAACACUGAAACGGAAGAAGGGUUAUUCAUGAAUAAUACUAAUUCUGACAGAGCUGUAGGUCUGUCUAAUACUGGUUUAAUCAACGACGAUGAAAGAAUCAUAGAGACAAAAGCCGACAGAGAAUAUUACAAUGAUGUUGAUAAUGGUUUUGAAUGUCUUUAUCACUCAGCACUAGAUAAAGUUUCAGAGUUAAAUAAGGCUGGGCUGUUGACGAAUUUGAUUCUUUUAACUUUUCUUUCACUUCCUUCACUUUGGAUUUUGUGGAACUCUUUGGAAAGUAUCGAUAAGUUUAUUCCAGCAUUUUGUAACUUCACUUUACAAUCUGUUUGUGUGGUAGUAUUGGCUAUCACUUUUGUUCUUAUAUGCACUAUUUAUGUCUCUCGGCAAAUACCUGGGAGGUGGACAGUGUUUAAGAUCAAUGAUUCCCUUACUUAUGAUGGUAAUGAUGAUCAGUCUAUAGAGAAUUUUAAUAAAGGUGUCCAAACAAAAGUUCGCGGAGAUGGCCUUGCUAAGAUUUAUUUAGAAAUAGACAAUUGUGAGACCCAACUAAAAGGCGUCAGACGUCAGUUUCUAAAAUUAAAGCGAAGUUACGCUCAAAAACUUGCCAAAUUAAAAGUCAAAUCUAAAGAACAGAGUGAAUUUUUAAGUCGUCUGCAAUUACAAUUUCCCGAUUUAGAGAGAGAAAGAGACUUGCUAAUCGCGGAAAAGGAAGCAAUAGAAAAGCAACACGAAGAAGAAAAAAGGAGGAAUCGUGAACUGAUUGGAAGAUUUCAAAGAUUACAACAACAAUUAGGACGCAAUGGACAACGACAAAUGGUUAACCCGUAUUAAUGUAUUGAUUUAGAUGUAAGAAAAAAAUACAAAC